AUGCACUUCCGGUGCGCCUCUGUCAUCUCGGUCCUCCCAUUAGUUUCCAUUGCUAUUGCAGCCGAUACGGCGGCGUGGAAGGCCCGGAACAUCUACUUCGCCUUGACUGAUCGUGUCGCUCGCAGCAGCGGUGACGACGGUGGCAAGGCGUGCAGCAGCCUCGGGAACUAUUGCGGCGGCACCUUUCAGGGUCUGGAGUCCAAGCUCGAGUAUAUCCAAGGCAUGGGCUUCGAUGCCAUCUGGAUCACUCCGGUCGUUGCCAAUAAGCAAGGUGGCUACCAUGGGUACUGGGCAGAAGACCUCUACUCCAUCAACAAGAACUAUGGUACGGCCGAUGACCUGAAAAGUCUGGUCAGCGCCGCUCACGCAAAGGGGAUCUACGUCAUGGCAGAUGUCGUCGCGAAUCACAUGGGUCCAGGUGACAUCAGUAGCAACAAGCCUUCGCCAUUGAACCAACAGAGUUCGUACCACUCCCAAGAGGCCCUUUGCCACACUGGUAUCAACUACGCCAAUCAGACCAGCGUCCAAGUCUGCUCCCUCUCUGGUCUUCCCGAUGUCAAGACCGAGGACGAGACUAUCCGCACGCUAUAUCAGAAGUGGAUAAGCUGGCUGGUGUCCGAGUAUGGUUUUGACGGUCUUCGUAUUGACACCGUCAGAGAGGUCGAGAAGGACUUCUGGCCUCCCUUCGUUGCUGCCGCCGGGGUCUACGCAAUCGGCGAGGUCUGGGACGGAGACGCCGAAUACCUUUCGGGCUACGCGGACGUCGUGCCGGGCCUACUCAACUACGCAAUUUAUUACCCAAUGAACAGGUUCUACCAACAGACGGGCUCGAGCCAGGAACUGGUGGACAUGUUCAACGAGAUCACGGACAAAUUCGACGAUCCUGCUGCGUUGGGUAACUUCGUAGACAACCACGACAAUGCCCGGUUUCUGAGCGAGAAGGAUGAUACAGCUCUCCUGAAGAACGCCCUUGCGUACGUCAUCCUUGCGCGAGGUAUUCCCAUCGUCUACUACGGCACCGAGCAAGGCUACUCCGGAGCCAGCGACCCGGCCAACCGCGAAGAUCUCUGGCGAAGCAGUUUCAACACCGACGCAGAUCUCUACCAGGCCAUCUCUCGUCUUCUCGACGCGAAAAAGGCUGUUGGUGGCCUUGGCGGGGACGACCACGACCAUCUAUACGUCGAGGACACCGCCUACGCCUGGAGCCGGGCUUUAGGUAACCUCAUUGUUCUCACGACCAACAGCGGAUCCAAAUCAAGCACACAAUACUGCUUCAACUCGCAGCAACCCAACAAGUCCUGGAAGGACAGCUUCGGCUCUGGCUCGUCUUAUACCGCUGAUGGGAACGGGAAGGUGUGUGUCAAUGUCACCAACGGCGAACCUGUCGUUCUCGUAGCCAGCUGA